AUGAACUCAACAACAUUCUCUCAGUUUAAUGGCGACACAGAGGGUCUUGAAGUCGCCCAAACCUUCUCUGCACAGGUUUCUGGUAAGGUUGUGCUGGUCACGGGAGUGAACCUAGGCGGGAUCGGUCACUCAACAGCCGAAGCUUUGGCAUCGCAGGGGCCGUCGCAUCUCAUCAUCACCGGCCGCUCUCGCACCAAGCUCCAAGAAAGUGUGAAUGCAAUGAAGAGUCUCUACCCUCAGGUCAACUACGUCAUCCUUCAGUUUGACCUCUCAAGCCAACAGUCAGUUCGUGCCGCCGCUGCGGAACUUCUCGGCCUAGAUGACAUUCCGAGGGUCUACCUGCUCAUCAACAAUGCCGGGGUCGCAUUCCUCCCAGAACGCUCGCUCAGCCCAGAGAACGUCGAGAUGCAUUUUGCGACCAAUCAUAUUGGCCACUUCCUUUUCACCAGCCUCAUUUUGCCAAAGCUUAUCAAGGCCUCUGAGGAGAGUCCAAAGGGUGCAACUUGUAUUAUCAAUGUGUCCAGUGGAUCGCCAAAGUGGGCGCACAUGAGAUGGAGUGACAUCAACUUUGAGAAGAAGAACAAGGACCUACCGGAAGGAGAGAGGACCAACUACGAGGUUCAUAGAGCAUGGGGUUCUCCCAAUGUGGAGGAACUAAGCUAUAUCCCCUUGGCAGCAUACAACCAGAGCAAAGUCGCAAAUGUGCUUUUCAGCAUCGGCGCAAACAAGCGAUGGUACGAGCGUUACGGAAUCUUGUCACUGGCAGUGUUUCCAGGGUGGAUUGAGACAGAACUCAGUCGACACAUGCCCUCUGAAGCUCGCGAGGCGAUUUUAAAGGUUGGAAACCAGAGAGGAGUGAAGUAUAAGACUCUUCAGGCUGGAGGGUCAACCACGGUUGUUGCGGCGUUGGAUCCCAAACUCGGGCCGGGUGAGAAACGGGAGGGAAAGGAGAACUACGGUGUAUUUUUGGAAGAUUGUCAGAUUUGUAGCGCUGCGCAUCCAAAGGCUGAGUCUGAUGAAGAGGCAGAGAAGCUUUGGGAACUGUCCGAAAAGCUGGUCAGUGAAAGUGCUUAG